CCGCCCAUUGUGCCUAAGCCGCCGGUGGUGCACCCGCCGCCGAUUCCCAAGCCGCCGGUCGUGCCCAAGCCACCAAUAGUCUACCCACCACCGAUCCCCAAACCACCGGUUGAACCCACGCCACCCAUUGUCCACCCACCAAUCCCCAUGCCGCCCGUGGUUCCCAACCCACCAAUUGUGUACCCUCCCCCGGUCACGCCGAAGCCGCCACCGGUCGAGCCGCCCAAGCCACCGGUCAAGCCACCAACGCCACCCAAGGAGCCGCCUUGCCCUCCGCCGCCGCCGCCAGUGCCAUCCUACCCGCCGCCGAAGCCGGAGACUUGCCCCAUCGACACUCUCAAGCUGGGGGCGUGCGUGGACCUGCUGGGCGGGCUGAUCCACGUGGGGAUCGGGGAGAGUGCCAAGUCGACCUGCUGCCCGGUUCUCGAAGGGCUCGUGGACCUCGACGCUGCGCUGUGCCUCUGCACCACCAUCAAGUUGAAGCUGCUCAACUUGAACAUCGUCCUCCCCAUUGCUCUCGAGGUCCUCGUUGACUGUGGCAAGACUCCUCCCCCUGGGUUCAAGUGUCCUUCCUAA